CGGCGGGACAGGAUUCGGUCCUCCGAGGGGCCCGGGAAGGCGGCGCGGGGCGGGGCCGGGGCGGAACUCGCGGAGACCCAGGAGGCGCCGGGCAGAGCCUCGCGUGUACUCGGACCCUGGGCCGGCCGGGCGGAGCCAGCUCCAGUGCUGGCUGAGGAAGUCUGGAAGGAGGGGGAGAGCAAGGAGAAGCUGGAGUCAGUGACACCCCCUCCUUCCCACUCUGCGAGUGCCCGGACGACAGCGCGAUGACGGCCAGGAGCCCCGGAGAGCGCCCCGAGGGCCGUGUCUCGCGCUUGGGCCGCCGCCUGGGCCGGCGCCGGCGGCCGCGCUCCCCGCCAGAGCCGCUGCGGGUGCGGGCGCGGCUGCGGCUGCGCUCGCCGUCGGGGGCGUUCGCGGCUCUGGGCGCGCUCGUGGUGCUGGUGGGCAUGGGCAUCGCGGUGGCUGGCUACUGGCCACACCGCGCCCCGGGGCCGCGCGCUCACAACGCCAGCACGCCCAGGCUCAGCCCCGGCCGGGCGCACGAGCGGCUGCGGCUGCUGGGACCGGUGAUUAUGGGCGUCGGCCUGUUCGUGUUCAUCUGUGCCAACACGCUCCUGUAUGAGAACCGGGACCUGGAGACGCGACGGCUCCGCCAGGGGGUGCUGCGUGCGCAGGCGCUCCGUCCGCCCGACGGCCCAGCCUGGGACUGUGCGCUGCUGCCCAGCCCAGGACCCAGGACUCCUGGGGUCAUCGGCUGCGCAGAGCCCGAGACUUGGGACCUGUCCCCGCAUCGGGGCACAUCGCCCGUCCCGUCAGUGCGGAGUCUGCGUUCGGAGCCUGCCAAUCCUCGCUUGGGGUUACCCGCCCUGCUCAACAGCUACCCGCUGAAGGGGCCGGGGCUGCCACCGCCCUGGGGUCCACGGACUCAGACUGGCCACGUGGUCAUCACGGUGCAGCCCUCUGGUUCCUGUAUUGAACAUUCCAAGUCUCUGGAUCUGGGCCUUGGGGAGCUCCUCCUGGGGGCCCCAGCAGCUCGGGACUGCACUCAUCGAAGCUGGCCACGGCUGGACCGCCUCAGUUUGGGGGGCUAUGCCAAACUGGGAGGGGACUUAGGGGCCCAGGUCUGAGGUCAGGGGACAACCUGUCGUGAGGCCACAGUGUGGACCAUGGUACCUGGACAGGGACACCAGAAGUCCCCGGUGUCUAAUAGCUGCCUCAAUCACCUCCCACGGUAGGACGGACUCUCAGACAACAGCAAAGUCCUCCUGACCUUCAUGUGCAGAGAAAAGCCAGCUGCACCAGGCUCAGUGAGCCCCAGCCAGUGUGUUUUUAAGGUGGAGACCAGCAUGACUCAGCCUUAGGAAUUUCUUCAGCCCAUGUGGCCUUAGCCCCCGUUCAGGUACCUGAGGGGGGCUGCAGGGCCAGGCCAAAGGAAUCUGGAGAUGCACCCUGGUAACUCGGCAAACUCAAAGUAGUAGGCAAGCAUACCUAAGACCCGGAAGGUAGGUUGGGAUGUUGUAGGCUGGGACAGGCUCCCUCCAAGGUGGCAGUGACAGAGGUGGGACCUCUGGGGGUUUGGGGGGCAGGGAGAUAGGCAAUGGGGUGAUGCCAUCUAGGACCAGGACUGAGCCUGUAACUCCUAUCACCUCAAAUCCAUCUGCCCUUAGCGGGUGGGGAUCUGUCCCAGUAGGGCUAACCACUGCCAGCAGACUCUUGAGGUCAGACCCCUCCCCUGGAGACAGGACUGGGAAGCCCCUUUCUCUUCCAUCUGGCUGGUGCUGCAAAGUCUCCCUUAAGUUGGUAGAAAGGACCAGCCAGUUGGCCAGGUCUUGGCAGUCCCUCUCUGUAGUUCACUCUGGAGUGGUAGGUAGCUUACUGGAGAGAGCAGCUUUAGGUUUCCCUUGCCCAGGUUUAAAUUCCCCCAAGCUGCUGGUAGAAGAGAAAUUUAAAAGCAGAUCGAUCCUCACAGUCAAGUUUUUUUUUUUUAAGUUUAUUGAAAAAUGCAAUACAAGAAGCCAGACCAAACAUAUCUAAACACUACAACCACACUUGUUACUAUGAAAGGCCAAAACUGCAGACCUGAUUAUUGCCUAUUUCACCUAAGGAUUUUUAUCAAUUUGAUUCUGCUGCCAUAGUUCCUAUUUUGUCAAAUGUAAACAACUACUUGAUAUGAAUAAUUUUUAAAAAAUUUACAAAGCUCCUUCAUUUUUGUCAUCAAAAUAUCAAAUGUAUAUUUGAGAAAAAUUUGUAAAAACAACCAGCCUGGGGCUAAGGUCCUGGGAAGAGAUUUCCCGUGAGCACUGAGGGGUACUGGUCAGCUCUAGCUCCAUUUCUCAAGGUAGGCCAGGGUCCCCUAACCAGGCUGUGCAGCAUCCCCCAGAAUACACUGGCUUGGGGAGGGACACAGACACCCACAAGGAUCCCUGGAGUUAGGCUCUUUGGCCCUCAGCUUGGGAAUAUGGGUAUUACUUGUGGGUGGCAGAGAUCUCGUGGUUUGAAGGAAAUCUACUUCUGGAGUAAAAAUAAAAUCGCAGUGCAAGUUGCUACUGUGGUGUGUCUGAGUCACUUUAGGAAAACUGCUGCCAAGUCUCUGACCCUGGAGAUGGUUCUCCCUCCCCCCUCACCAUUUCUACCUGGACAGAGUCUCUUAUUCACACACACAUAAACACACACAA